AACCCUCACUAAAUUUGAAUUACAAAAAAGAGAAACUCCCCGCUCAACCCUCAUUUCAAACACACUCACACACACAGGCUCCUCCAUUUCCUCGCUAAAUCGUAGAUUCAGGAGCGAAUUUGAAGAAAUGGCGACCAACAUCGGAAUGAUGGACUCGGCAUACUUUGUUGGCCGAUCGGAAAUUCUUGCCUGGAUUAAUUCUACUCUCCAUCUCAACCUCUCCAAAGUCGAAGAGGCUUGCACAGGUGCUGUUCAAUGCCAGCUGAUGGAUGCCGUUCACCCGGGGAUGGUCCCGAUGCACAAAGUCAAUUUUGACGCGAAGAAUGAGUACGAGAUGAUCCAAAAUUACAAGGUCCUUCAAGAUGUUUUCAACAAACUCAAGAUCACUAAGCACAUAGAGGUGAACAAGUUGAUCAAAGGAAGGGCCCUGGACAAUUUGGAAUUUAUGCAAUGGAUGAAGCGUUACUGUGACUGUGUUAAUGGAGGACUUAUAAACAAUUACAAUCCUUUGGAAAGAAGAGAGGCUUGCAAGGGCGGAAAAGAGCUGGGCAAGAAAUCUGCACCAUCACAAACUUCAUCUAAAAAUCCGGCAUCUGCCCCCAAACACACCACUCAUAAUAGUCGAAAGACUGAUGCACAUCAUUCCAACACAGCAAAUCAACCUGUUAAAGCUGCUCGACCUUCUUCAAGUGGUGGGCCUCCUUCUGUCUAUCCUGAGGCAGAACGAAAAAUGUUUGAGCAACAGAUUACCGAGUUGAAGCUGUCAGUAGAUAGUCUAGAGAAGGAAAGGGACUUCUACUUUGCCAAGUUGAGAGAUAUUGAGAUCUUGUGCCAGACCCCUGAAAUUGAAAAAUUGCCUGUAGUUGAAGCAAUAAAAAGGAUUUUAUAUGCUGCAGAUGAUGAUGCAUCAGUGGUUGCAGAAGCUCAGGCUAUGAUAUCGGACCACCAGCAGCAAGUGGGACAAUUGGGUGUCUUAUCAGAGGAGACAGAGGAGAAGCUGAAGGCCGAUUCUCAAAAGAGGAAAAGCAUUAUUAAUGUUGAUGUUGAUGCAGUUGCCAGCAAUAUAUCAUCUCCAAGGCAACGAUUUUCUGACUCCUCUGAUGUCCAUUGCAGUGGAUCACCUCUAGUCACUUACUGAUCAUGUCUUUACGUUCAAGUAUGAAAACCAGAUUCCAUCUGCUUCAUCUCUUAUCUCAUAUUCCUAGUACUAGUUGGAAGCAUUGAGAAUUUGAGACAGUCCUUUCUAUCUGCAGGUUUUGGGUUCAAUAUAUUGUUGUCCCUCUCCUUGUUGCUUAGAACGUAUAAGAAUCAAAUUUCAUAAGGGUAAGAGUUGUUGUUCUCGCGGAACAAAGAUAUAAGGAUAUGUGUAAUUGUUUCAGAGAAUGACUACGUAUUAUGGCACUAUAUGUACAAUUGACAUCUUGGUUAGGUGUGUGACGAAUCACGUCCGAACACCUUUUGAUCAUAUAUAGUGUUUUGUGGCU